CUUCUUCAAAACUUUCAACUCUCUGUUUCAUCCAUCAAUAUCAAAAUCAUAUAUAUAUUUUUCCUUUCCAAUAUCUCUUUGCUUCUGCUGGUUAAUUUUAACUAACAUGGCUUCUCAUCACUACCUUUCCAUGGCCAUUAUGCUUCUCAUGACUUGUUCCUUGCUAAGCUACAACACGUUAAUGGUUGCGGGUGCUCGCAGUCUGCUGGAGACGCCAUUGCCGGAGAUACCACAACUUCCGAAGCCAGAGUUUCCUCCUCUUCCCACUUUCCCAACUUUGCCAAAGCCUCAUGAGGUUCCUCCAUUGCCCAAGCCUAAAUUGCCACCACUUCCUCACAUUCCAACUUUGCCAAAACCUGAACUGCCUCAAAUUCCAAACUUGCCUGAGCUGCCUAAGCCCUCAUUGCCUACCAUUCCAGCCUUUACUCCACCUCAUCACUGAACCAUGAAUAGCUCCUUCAUUAUAAUAAGUAGUUUCCAGUUAUAUAUAUAGUCCUUCAUGAGAGUGUGUGAUUUGUGUGAAGUCAUCUCUGUUUGGAGAGUAGUGUCUGUGGGCUAUAUAUAUGUAGUGUUGCCCAUUAGGUGGAGUUGAUAUUGUGUAUGCAUGUAAUUUGCUUCCUACCCCAUAGUGGUUCUAUAUAGAUAUGAUUGUAUCUCAUUAUCACAUUAUAUCAAUAAAUAUGACGUUUUAAUUUGUGUUUGACAUA